CGAGAAGAGACAAAAGUUUGUUGACGUCCCCACGGAGCGGAUUAUCGAAAAGAUUGUCGAGGUCCCGAAAUUUGUGGACAAGAUCGUCGAAGUGCCAGUGAUCCAGAAAAUUCAGAAGUUCGUCGAGGUAAGAAUCCAUAUAAUUGUUCGCUUUGUCAUGCAGAGCUACAAUUUGGAUUUGCAUUUGCCGUUGUAGUUGCCAUGCAUGGUAUACGAAGAACAACUACAAGAACACGCCUCUACUUCUCAGGUUCCGAAAAUCGAAAAAGUCCCGCGUUACGUGGACAAGCCGGUCUCUACUAUCCUCCGCAAAAGUAUCGGCUAAUCGUAUGAUGAAAUGGAAUAAAAAAUGUAUACGCGGUUACAAAAGCUUCUUUCGAAAUUUGUCACGGUGACCUGUUUUACCAUGACAAAUUUCGUCUGUAUUUUGCCGUAUUGAAAUAAUUUGUGAUGCAAAAAUCGCUUCUGAAUAGUACGAUGUUUUUGCAAAAUCCAUAUCUACCACACAAGAGCAAAUCGUAGAGGUGCCAAAAAUCGAAUACGUGGACAAGAUCGUCGAAGUGCCGCAAGUCCGCAAGGUCACGAAGUACAUCGAGGUGCCGGAAAUCAGGUAAGCAUGAUAUGCGGCUUCCCUGCAUGAGAAAUCACGUUUGAUGUGAUGGUACUGUUUGCAUGAGAGAGUUUGAAUAAAGUGGGGAAACGGAGUUAAUGAAAAUCAAAAUCUUCACAAUUUUACCUUUUGCAGAUACGUCGACAAGAUUGUGGAUGUGCCGAAGAUUAUCUGCGUGGAGAAGAUUGUGGAGAUCACGAAGGAUAGCCAUGAGCGUAUCCUAUGUAAAAACGUCCCCACACCAUAGUCAAGAUGGGGAAUCGGCUAGACAAAUCCACAAGCUUUGGCUGUUUUGCAUGACAAAUUUGGACUCGUAGUGCAGUGCUGUUUUAAGGAGUUAAGCAGAAUCACAGAUCCAGUUUAUCAUGCUGAUUGGAGCAUGACAAAUUCCAUACCGCGAUUAGAAAAUGCUUCUCAUGGGGCUCCGCAUGGGAAACAUUUUCAGCAUUCAGAUUUGCAUUACAACCAUGGGGUCGGGACGUUUUUAAAUACGAUAGAGCGCGUGCAGGAGGAAACCAAUACCGUUUUUGUGGACAAUAUGGGAGUGUCAGAAUCGAAAUCAACAAAAUCGAAAUACUUUGUGAUGCAUAAAAUCAAUACCAGUUGAAGCCUCAGCUUCCAAGUGACGGAUGACAAAUUUCGGGAGCACCAAAAUCCUUUCUGUCAUGCUGUUUAGCGAAAGGCGGUAUCCUUUGUCAUGCGACUUUAGCAGCUGUAUCCCAAACCCUAAACAGGCUUGCAAUCGGCGUCGCUUGCAGUCCCUGCAAGGUAGUCACUUCGUCCCUUGCAUUUCAUGCAUUGCAGAUUAUUUCGACUUUAUCGAUUUCGAUCCUGACGCUUCCAUAGACAACGGAAAGGAGUCCAUUGUCGGGCAGCAGUCCCACGAACAGCAGUACCUGGAGGGGGACGCACUGGAGCCAAAAACCAACUCGGUGAAGCACGAGUGGGACGUGGCCGCGGCGCAGGCGGGCAUGCAAAAUUACAACAACGUGCAGCUCCCCAUGCUGCCCCGGGAUCAGUACGGCUCGCUCGAGCACGCGGCCUUGGGGGCCAGCAGGUCAAAUCUGGGCGGAAUAUCAAAAGGAAAAAUCCCCCCACCCCAUAUCGAAAUGGAAAUCUGUGAUGCGGGAUUUGUGUACACAAAUCGGCUUUGUCUUGCAGUAGAGAACUGCAGACAGAUACGAAGCCGGAUUAGGGAUGUUUUGCUGUAGGCGCCUAGCAAGGUAUGGGCAUUCUCUGUAGGCCAGACAGCAUUACAAAUUGCCUGCAGAACGCGGCGGGGUUUUUUAUUUGUCUUCUUGCAAUACAGAGACGAUUUGUGGCCUCAAAUCAGCAUCACAAAUUUUGAGAAGUAUCCCGUUCUGGUAUGGGGAGGGGGGAUUUUUCCUUUCGAUACGGAAGCAUUAGUGGCAUGAACUUGGGCGCCAGCUUCGGACAGUUCGGACUGGGGAAACUGAGUACUAUGUGUUUACGAAUUUUUUUUUUUGGGAUGCAGCAUGACAGAUUUUCAUUGUUGUACUCGUGGAGUAAAUGUGCGUGACAAGGUAGUACGCUUUCUUCAUCAACAACUAGUAUUGAUGAAAACCAACCGCAACCCAGCCUCCGCAACGGACCAUUUGGAUGCCAGUCGGGGCAGUCGGUUCAACGUGCAAAUGCCGACGGUGCAAUUGCCAGGGUUCGGUCAGCAGCAGGCAGAGUAA